GUACUAGGACACGCUCAAACAAGAAUUCCACCCGACCUUAGUAUUCCCAUUAAAACAGUAAAACGGCGCAGUAAUCGUGGGCUAGGUAUUUUACCCACAAUAUCUGCCAGAGCCAUAUUUUUUCACCGCCGCUUUUAUCGCGCCAGCAUUAUUAGUGUCCAAGUGAAGUGUUUCGAGAGGCUCAGUGCUAAUAUCGCGUUAUCGAAUGAUGAUUGGUGUAUAACAUAGAAUCGGAACGUUAUGUGGGCGGUGGAACCGCCGCAUGUGAAUGGACCGCUCUCGGAUCGAUAGAGCUCAGUGCGCAGGCCCGCCUUAACAGAACACAGCUGGUGGCUUCGCAUCCUUCCUCCAACACUUCCACGAACUCAACCGCGUCUCAGUGCCUGUUGUGAAAAUUAAAGUGCCUGGCAGAUUGAGGAUAUGUUCGCGACCUCUUGGCGGCUCUAAACGAUGUGAUGAGCCGCCAGCGGCCGGCUCUGUGGGCGCUGGCGCUGCUCUGCACGCUGGCGCCCUCGCAUGCCGAUGGAAACAUAGGUUGCUUAUUCAGCUCAACCUUGUGCAUAGAGGGUGCGGAGUGGUGCUAUGACGAUUUCGCCUUCGGGAAGUGUAUACCGAUCUACGAGAGCGAAGUGGAUGAGGGCGCGCUCUACCAAUAUGACAUGAGCUCUGAGCAGCUGCAAUGGUUCGAGGAGGAGCUGCAGCGGCUAGCGUCGCGCGGCUACCGCUGGGAGCACGCGUACACGCAGUGCGUGCUGCAGGCGAUGCUGUACACGUUACGCCAGGACCUAGACCCAACAAAGAUCAAUCCAAAAAUAUGCGACCAUUUCGUGGACCCCAAACUAAGUUCCGAUGUCGCUGAAACUACCGAAGAAGAUAAUGAACCGGAUGAACAGGAGGCCUACAUUCGUUUUACACCUAACUCUAAAAUUGACUCUAACUAUGCGAAUGAGGUAUAUAGCCCACCGUUAACCGAUGAAGAAGCUGCUGAACUCCUUAUCCCAAAAGGCCCCAUAAUAUCUGACGAAGACCAAGCAAUUUUAGCUGAAGAAACCCCAAGUGAUAAAUUACGUGAUCUUAUGCUAAUGAGUGGAGACGAAGAGUCUCCUGUAAUUCUACCUUUUGAAGGUUUCCGAGAAAGGAUUAGGGCUGCUCAAAAAGCUAGAGCCGCUGAUCCAGAAGCGUAUGCCAGCGCUAUUAUGGAUAAAAUAAAAAAGUCCUUACCUGUAGUCAACAGAGCUGAAGACAACGAAGGUUAUGACGAAGAGCGCCUAGGAGCUCAUUUUAGAAAGAUGAAAGUUAAAGCACCUCCGUUCACGGCAGAGUACAUACUCGGAAAUAAUGUAUCGCCUCUUGAUGCAGAGGUGCUCUCAAACGCCCAAGAAAAGUACAAACAAAGCUUCGCUGAAAAGAAUUUCCCAUUUGAAUAUGAAAAUCCUAGCGAUUUACCAGAACCAAGAAUUUAUUUCGACGAUAUGGAAGAGGUACCCUAUGAUAUGGGUAGUGGAGAACUUGAAAAACUGGAAAGGUAACUUGGAGCUAAGGUAUUUCAUUUAAAAAAGGUUAAACGGUUAUAAGACUAAUGUUGAAUUUUUUACCUUAUCACAGAUCAAAAUACCCCGGAAUCUGUGGCGAAACAUUCUAAGAAUAUGGAGUACUUGGUGAAUUACUGGCGCCAAAUUGUUGAUUCCAAAUUAAAGCCACAAGGAGCUCUCUAUGCUGAAGGUGGUCCUCUAAAGGCUGAGGAUUUUCAAGGUGAAAAUUCAAAAUUUUACCCCGAGGACUUUCAAGAUUUACUAAGUAAAGAAUGGGGGUUUAUGCGUAGGGAACGAGAUGAUGUUAAAAAGCCUGGGCCUCGCCUGGACGCGAAAGUCCUAAAACAUUAUUUGCACCAGAAUAAGUCAGUGACAGGUCAAGGCACGCCUAGCGCACAAAAGUUUACCGGCGUCCAUGAUCAUAAUGACUACGAUUACGAUCCUUCUUAUGCGUAUGUUCUCUUCAAAAAUCGGUUGUUUAAUAAUUGGGAUGUCGGCGUCUCAUUUAUUAAAAAAAUAGAAGAAAAACUGGGAUUAGAGGAAAAGACUUUCACAAAUCCACGAGUGGACAAGGGAGAAGUUACAUUCAAAGUUGAAAAGAAUAGUAAGGGAUAUGAUGCAAGCACUGUAGCUAAGCGUAUCGAUGACAUCAAAGAUGAGUUACGACGUGAGACCGGUGUUAAAAUUUUAGCAACUGGCGUUGGAGACAGAAGUAAACGACCAAUAAUAGAGCAUUCAGAGUCUUCUGAGACUCAAAUAUUCGGCUUGGAGCUCCCGGUGCUGAUGGCCCUAGUGGGCAGCUUGUCCGUUCUUCUGGUGGGUGGCGUGGUGUUCGCUGUGCUGCUGAAACGAGACCUGAACGGGAAGAGGAAGAUGCAUGGUCUGUCCUCGGCUGCUGAGAUCGACGCUGAGGCGACUAGAGACUACCAAGAACUGUGUCGUGCGCGCAUGUCGGGCAAGUGGUCGGGCCAGCAGACCACUACCGCACCUCACCCUGCUGAUCCCCCGCAGCGCAUCACCUCGCUGUCACGGGAACCUGACGGCAACUCGCCAUCCACUCGGUCCAGCACUUCUUCGUGGAGUGAGGAACCAGCAUUGACUAACAUGGACAUAUCUACUGGACACAUGGUUUUGGCAUAUAUGGAAGACCACCUCCGCAACAAGGACCGCCUGGAGCAGGAAUGGCGCGCCCUCUGCGCAUACGAGGCUGAACCGUGCGCCACCAACGCCGCCUUGAAGGAGGAGAACACUGGCAAGAACCGAUACGCUGACGUCUUACCUUACGACCACUCCAGGGUCACGCUCAACAAGCUUUCAAACCAUCUCGGCUCGGAUUACAUCAACGCUUCGACUAUCACGGACCACGACCCUCGCAACCCAGCCUAUAUCGCCGCCGCGGGUCCUCUAGCUCACACGGCGCCGGACUUCUGGCAGAUGGUUUGGGAGCAGGGCAGCGUGGUAAUGGUGAUGCUGACUAGGCUGACUGAGAAUGGACAACAGCUAUGUCACCGAUACUGGCCCGAAGAAGGCUCCGAGCUCUACCAUAUCUAUGAGGUCCAUCUAGUGAGCGAGCACAUCUGGUGUGAUGACUACUUAGUCCGGAGCUUCUACCUGAAAAAUCAGCGUACUGGCGAGACCCGUACUGUCACCCAGUUCCACUUCCUCUCCUGGCCCGAAAAUGGUGUGCCAGCAUCUACCAAAGCGUUGCUUGAGUUCCGAAGGAAAGUUAACAAAUCCUACAGAGGGAGAUCUUGUCCUAUCGUGGUUCACUGCAGUGACGGAGCCGGCCGCUCGGGCACCUACUGCCUCAUCGACAUGGUACUCAACCGCAUGGCCAAGGGCGCAAAGGAGAUCGACAUCGCAGCGACGCUCGAGCACAUCCGAGACCAGAGGCCGCGGACUGUCGCCACCAAGCAGCAGUUCGAAUUUGUGCUGAUGGCAGUUGCUGAAGAGGUGCACGCGAUACUGAAAGCUCUACCGGCCCAACUCCAACAAAUGCAAGAAAAGAAGGACAAGGAAAAGGACAAAGAUAAAGAAAAGGAAGGCUCCGAGAAAGAGAAGCCUAACUGAACACUUUGCUAUUCGUCGUUGUUGCGUUAUUACUACCGAUCACUGUAUUUGUGUGUUUCCAAUUCCAGGCUGAGAAUUUCGCUGUUUCGUCUAUUUAUUGUCUCCGUUCAUUUAUUUAUUGUGUAAGCAAAAUAUCUAUCCGAAAUUCUCAACCUUGACGACAAUAAAGCAAUCUAAACUGGGCGCAAUUUCAAAAUGGACUUCUUGACUUAUUACAAAGGCCGCUUAGGUCAUAACUUAGUAUAUUUUAUUACUACAAACUUAGGAUAAAUAGCGUUAAUUGUAACUUCCCAUUGGUUUAAGUACAGUUGCCGAAAUAAACAUGUACCUACUUAACUGCUUACACAUACUUAUUCAUCUCUUUCUUAAUGCUACAGUACAAAAGGGUAUAGGUACAUGUUUAUGCCAGCCACAGUGCAGACGGACCUACUAAAAAGUCUUAAAACGUUACGUCAUCUAUUGUUGCCGUAUAUCUUGGCAUUUACCUAUUUUUUACAGCUUUUUAUCUGCGAGAGUAAAUAUUUUCAUAAGAAUAUGCAUACUUAAAUAAUUUUACGGCUCCUACCUUAUUAAUAUCUGUCCAAACUAUUUAUUUUAUCGAUAGAGGAAACUAUUUUAGAAUUAUAUGUUGUUAUAAUGUAACCUCCUUAUUUAAAUUAUGUAAUUGUAUGCCUAAUGCCUAUUAUAUAUUGAUAACUAUUACCUAAGUAUAAAAUCAUGUACUUAAUGUACUUAUUAUGUAUGUUAUCAUCGUCAUCAUGUUUUGCUGAAAAAAUAUAUUACGGUCAAUUGUUGGGGUGUCUAAAAUGUCCAAAUCUAAUUUGCAAGCAUUUAAUUCUUUAUUAUAGUUUUGUGAUGAAGACCCAUUCAUGUACAGUCAGCGAUAGAAGUAGCCACGCUGACACGGUAACUAAUAUGAUCUGCUCCAGCUCUUAUUCUCUUGAACAUAGGGAGUAAUGAAGAUCAUUUUGAGUUCUUUGUUCGAGUAGCUACUUGUGCCGCUGAGUGUACCAAUACCAACUCAUUGCGAACUUUUGCAUAAUCGUGGACGUCCAGCCCGUCCACGACAGCAUUUUGUUAUUUUAUAAUAAAAUGCCCGUAAGAGUUUCGAGAUGACCAACUGAUAGUAAAACUCGCUUAAUACGACUAUAUUUUACACGUACGUAAUACGUAAUAAUAGGUAAGUACGUACAAUUUUCCACCUGUUUUGAAGCGUGUUUAAUGUUUACUUUUAUUAUAAUAGUCUGAGUCUUCAGACGAUUUUCCGCUCCUAUUUUUAGUUCAACCUUUUAUAUCGUAUUAUGCGGGUUUAACCGUUCAUAAUGCAGUUUUGAACAGACUAUUGCAUAUUUGAUACGAAUGUUUGGAUAUCUUUAAUCAAAUGUUGAUCUUUGUCUUUAAAAAAAUACAAAAAAAUAUUUUUAUUCUACUAUGCAUGGGAUGCAUUAGCUGUGAAUCGAUCUAGUCUAUGAGUAACUGUAAUAUUUUAUCGUUAAAUUAAUCGCGUUGUCUAUGCUUUUUUAUUUUAUUAUGGAACGCGCAGGCUGCUCCGAGUACAAGCGAUGCUUUAGUUAGAAAUCAAAUUCGGGUUAAGAAACGUUGGGAGUUUCUGUUAGGUACUUCCAAUGAUAUUAUAACUCCAGAUAGGUUAAAGGCGUUCCAAAAUUUAAGCGCUUAGGUACCUUACACAAAAUGUGCAAGUUGCCUUUAGUCGCACCUAGGCAAGGGAGAAAUGUGCACCAGCUAACGAGCACCUGCCCACCGAAAGAGAAAGAGACAAGCUUAUGUUUAACAACGAGUGUCACAAAGAUUUAUGGUAUGCGAAAAUUAUCUAACAAAAACAGAUUCAUACGUAGUAGAUAAUUAAAUAAACUUGGGAGUAUUUUUUGUACUUCUUAUGUAUGAGUUUAACUUAAUCUAUAGUUAUAAUAUCAUUAGGUGCUUCAUGUCACGAAUGCAAGGGAACUUACCGAAAUCAGAUUAACUUCUAUAUAAAAUUAAAAAACAUAAACACGUUACCACUAUAAUGUAGCUGUUUAUUACCAAGCAAGUUAUUAUAAUGGCAGUUAUUUAUUACCAAGAGAACUACGGCCACGAACGGUACUUAUUAGUAGCCUCACAAAGGACUCCUGGGUGCCUAGCCAAGAUGCCAAUUGUUCGCUCCAUAGCGAACGAUACUCUAAUGUCUCUUUGUCGCACUAAUUAAGAAUGAUAGAGAGAGAUUACCGUAUAUAACUAUCGUACCGAGAGAGAUUACCGUAUUCGUACCGUAUCGCUACGGAGCGAACGAUUGGCAUCUUGGCUAGGCACCAUGAAGGGUCUAAAACAAAUUGCAAUAGACAGAUAAAACACUAACAUCGUUCGAUGCCUUCCUGAAUUGAAAAUAACUUACAUUACUCCCAUUUUAUUCUAGGUAAGCGUUUAGAGAUUUGUACCGGACAGCUGCAGUCCUAAUUUAAUUGUCAAUGGCUGCUAGAAGCAUUGUUUUUGGUUCUUUUGUUAAGUUUUAUCUAUAUCUGUUUAAAGUUGUAAACAUCCAAGCAAUUUUUACAAUUGCAUUGAACCAGAAGAGUGGACAUUUAAUGUCCUCGGCCGAAUCAUAUCUUGAACGAACGGAAUACCUGAUAAUGUUUAAUCAGAAAUAACGAGAUCAAAAUAAAUAUUUACAGAUCGUAGCUGAAACUAUAGAGAUCGUAAUACGUAUCUAUAUGCAUAAAGUUUAUGUAAGGUUAUAUUUAUUGAAAUGGAAAAUGUAAAAAAAAUAUUACCCACGAAAUUAAAAAUGUAGAAUUAGAUUUAGGGAAAAAUAUAUUUAACCGUAUUUCUGUAUGAAAUUAUAUGUAGUUUUUAUGUGGAUGAUUGAA